AUGGCAUUAAAAGUGGUUAAAUUUCAUCAACGAUGGAAAUUUGUCGUAAACGGAAAUAUUGAUCAUGUACCAUCGCUUCUACAAACACGUCUUCUGCAACGUUCUCAUAGUUCUGCAGUUCCACGCAAAAUUCCAUCUAAUUCAGUAAAUUGUGGUGGAAAAAUGGCUAAAAAAAAGUUAGCAUCAUUUUCUGAUCGAAAAGUAAUAUCGGAAUCACUGAGCAGUGAUAAGCAACAGACCAUUUUAAAGCAGCCAAAGCAUCAACUAACAGAGCAAAGGUUCUCAAACAAGAUCAUUUCGCCGACAGUAACACCUAAAACAAGGUCAACUUCAUUCAUUUCUGUACCUAUGGGACGGCGAACGAAAUCACGAAGUUUCAUGGAUAUUGUACCACCUGCUCCAAUUGCUAUUCCAAAUUUACCUUCGAACAGCACGGAUUUCAUUGUUAAUUUGAAGAAAGAUGAUAUUUCACGUAUUUUGGAGAAUUUUGCAAGAAGACCCUUAGUUCGAGAAUUAUCAGAGCAGAAUAACGUUAAUAGAAAAAUGUUUCAUGCUGCGUAUAAAAGUUUUCGAAAUUACUGCUUAAAUGCAUCACCGCUAGAUCCAUGUAUUGCUGUUACUAUAAGUGAUGUUUUAAAUAAAGGUUAUCUAAAGAUUGUACUUUCAGCGCGGGAUGUCGAUAGUUUGUAUCCUUAUUUCAUCGAGCAUGCUAAGCGAGUUUAUCCACAUUUGGAGUGUGAGAAAGAAUUGAAAACAUUAAGUGAUUUAAGUAAACCACAUAAUUGGUAUCCAAAAGCUAGAGAGGUUUUCAGAAGGAUACAUUUUCAUGCAGGGCCAACUAAUAGUGGGAAAACUUAUGAAGCUCUACAACGUUUCUAUCAAGCCAGAACCGGUUUUUAUUGUGGUCCUUUACGAUUACUCGCAAGCGAAGUAUGCCAGAAGACUAAUGAACGAGGCAUCAACUGCGAUAUGGUAACAGGUGAGGAGCGGAGAUAUGCAGUUGAUGCCGAUAACCCCUCAUCACAUGUUGCUAUGACCGUUGAAAUGGUACCUGUUGAUGUUAGUGUUGACAUUGCUGUAAUUGAUGAGAUACAAAUGUUACGAGAUCAGAGUCGUGGAUGGGCAUGGACAAGAGCUCUUCUUGGUAUUGCUGCGGAAGAGAUCCAUCUUUGCGGUGAAGAAGCUGCUAUCGAUAUUGUUCGUAACUUACUGGAUCCUAUUGGUGAACAUGUUGAAGUGCAUAAAUAUGAGAGAAAAACGCCUCUUUUUUUGAGUGAACAAGCUUUAAAAAAGCUUGAUAAUAUACAGGAUGGUGACUGCCUGGUGUGUUUUUCAGUUUCAAUGUUGUUUUCAAUAACCAGAAGGCUGAUGAAAUUAGGUAUUCAGCCGACUGUAAUAUAUGGUGCAUUACCGCCAUGGACAAAACUUAAUCAAGCAAAAAUAUUCAAUGAAAUGACUCGAAAGCCCAAUGUAAUGGUUGCAACUGAUGCAGUUGGAAUGGGUCUUAACUUGAAUGUUCGCAGAAUCAUCUUUGUACAAUUUCCAUUUGGUGAACAUCAAGCAAAUUACCAUGUUGUGCAAGUUGCGGGACGUGCUGGUCGUUUUCAGUCUGCAUAUCCAGAAGGAUAUGUAUCCACAUUGCGACAAUCAGAUAUGCCUAUGCUAAAAAAUUUUAUGGAAGAACCUAUCAAAUCUAUCGAAACUGCUGGUAUUGCACCAACUUCUGAACAGUUGGAAACCUUCUCAUAUCAUCUCCCUCAUGCGUCAUUUCUCAGUAUCAUUGAUAUGUUUAUAUCAAUCAGCUCUCUUAGCAAAAAGUUUCAUUUAUGUGACAUCGACCAGUUUCGGAAAUUAGCAGAGCUUAUUGAUGAAAUACCGCUAAGUAUGAAGGUUAGAUAUGCUUUUUGCACUGCUCCAGUGGAUAUGGAUAUGGAUAAUAGUGUUGCUCGAACAUGUUUCGUACGUAUAGCCCGAAGGUUUGCGGAAGGCCAGGGAAUAAAUUAUAAUUGGUUCUGUGAGAUCAUUCAGUGGCCUUUACCUAAACCAACUAAUAUUACAAUGCUUUUGGAUAUGUGUAAGCUAUAUAACUUAAUUGAUCUCUAUCUUUGGCUCAGUUACAAAUUUCCGGAUAUGUUUCCGGAUAGAGAGAAAGUACGCCAUCUUGGAAAACUUAUCGAAAGUUACAUUAAUGAGGCACUGGCUACUAUAUCUAAUCUAACAUCUGAAACGAAUGAUGUAAGUCAGCGUAUUUAUACAUAUAGCGUUUUUAUUGUUGCAGAAAAGGAAACUGUUUCACAGAGAUUGCUACGGGAAGGGCUUGGGAUUGUUGGUGCUAUUUUGGGGAUUCAUGGCUACAUGUUUGAAAAUCUGUGCUCAUUCAUGAAAAUGGAGGUGAUUUUGUGUCCACAGUGGACGGUUAUUAGUGUUUAUAGCCCUGAAUUACACGAAAAAAUUGAUGAAGUUACCAGAACUGUUGGUAGACCAACGGGAAUAGAAGGUUGGUAGUG